GUUUGACAUGUUUUGAGUGAAACUCUGCGCCCGCUAGCCGAUGACCUCCGGCUGGUUGUAGAAUUUCUGGAGUCUAUAACUUAUUGAUCGCUGGCUGGCUUAGCAUUAGAAUAAACACUAUGAUUACCGUGCGAUUUAUCAAUCGCUCCUUUGGGUACUGCUUAAGUGCUCGUGGUUACAGCAUAUCGACGAGCGCCGCGGCGGCCAAAGUACUUGCACCGGACGGUGGCAAUGGAUCGGAACGGCGGAAAGUGCAACCGAACGUCACCCGAGGAACGGUGGUCGCUGCAAACGGAAGGAAAAAUCCGAUUGUUGCGGCCGCGUUCGCUUCCUUGCGCAAUGAGGAUACGGGCAAGGAAGAAGCGAUCUUACCGUCGGCGGACAGCAAGCAAGACAUUCUGGUCGAUGAGAUGAUUCUAAAGGCAAACACUGUCGCGGAGCUGCUGGCUGUGGCGGAUGCUACCAAAGUGAACCGCAAACAGGCGCUAAAGAUAGUAUCAAUAUUGGCCGAAUGGAGCUCCAUCAAAAAGGCGAACCUUUCCGACUUUGAGGCCGAUGCACGGUUUGUCAGUUUGUGCAGUCUACUCGGGCGAACCGGGCGCGCGGGAAAAGCACCCCUGAAGAUUGCGAAACGGAAGGAGUUGAUGGGAGACGAUUUGAACACGGUGCUGGAGAUUGCGGCCAACGAUGAGGCAGCCAAACUGAUCGCUGGCCUAACGCUGCCGCAGAUGAUCAAGGUAAUGGGAUCGUUGGCGCAGAAAAAGAAACGAAGCAUUCCGCUGCUGCGCUCGCUUUCGUUCAACAUCGCCAGCAAUCCGGGCCGCAUGGACCUGAAGGAGUGUAGCGAUUUGCUGUACGCCAUGGCCAGCCUAAACUAUCGGGACGUGGUGCUAACCGGGCGCAUCUGUUCCGAUCUGGACGGUGAGUUGGCGAAGAACGAGGACAAAGUGGCACCGAUCGUGUCGAUCCUCACCAGUCUCGGCAUGCUGCGGUACCGUGAUGGCACCGUGCUGGACAGUCUGUGCAGCUGGGUUGCGACUCACCACGAGCUGUGCAAACCGGCGCAGCUCGUUUCGCUGCUUCUGUCGCUGGCGACACUCAACUACGAACCGAUGUGCAUGGACACGCUGAAAGCGAAGCUGGUGAUGCACGUGUCCGAGAACGACUUUAUCCGAACGGCCGACUGGUUGAACACGGUUUGGUCGCUCACGGCACUGAAUGCGGUGAACGCCGAGCAGCUGUCGUCGGUGCUGAAUGUGGACUUUUAUCGCCGGCUACAAGAGGAACGGCGCGGCUCGGUGCUACCGUCGAUGAAGAUGAAGCUGUUGAAUCUGGCGGCAGUAGCGCCAAGUAUUCCGGGUGCCACCGAGUCGCUACUUGCUUCGCACCAAACGGAGCUGUUCGUACCGUUUGACGCGACCAACGAGAAGCGGGUGCUCAUUACGGGCAUGCUGGAUGCACUGAAGAGUUUGAUACCCUCGGAGAGCAUGGUUAAGAUUAGUCAACCCAGCAAGAUGGGAUUUUCGAUUGAUGCCGAAUGCGUCCUCGAUAAAAAGUGCUUACCGUUGCCGGUCGACAAAGAACACCCACAAGGAAUAAGAAUUGCGAUCCUCGUACACGACUACCACGAUAUGUGCCAGGGACCGCAUCCGGCACUCAAUGGGAUGCAGACGCUUCACAUGCGGUUACUGGAGGGGCGUGGAUAUACGGCCCUGUCGAUACCGUAUCACGAGUUCAGCACCAGUGAUAAGCUGCUGAAGCGCGUUGAGUAUUUGCAGAAACAGUUCAAAUCGAUCGUUACCGGGAGUAGUAAGCAGUAGUUAAGGGGGCACGCUAAAAGCCACGUGUAGCAGCGAAGGUGGUCGUUUUCGCUGAAGAAA